CUUGAGUUUCACACAAAUUCAGUGUAAAUAAAACAUCUUAGUGAAAAGACAACAUUUAAACAUCAAAAUUUUGAAAAACAACACCUUAAAAUUUUGGAACUCGAAUUACUUAAAAUUUGCCAUGGAUGACUUUGAUUUCAGUACCCCACCACCGGAGGCACGAACAAUUCACACCCACACGCUGAAUGAAGAGCAGCAGAAAGAUUGUGAGGCGGCCUUUGCCCUUUUCGACGACGAUAAUGCCAAGGUCAUUCCGAUCAAGUUACUGAGGGAUUGCCUUCGAGCCGUGGCCCACACGCCGCCGGAAAACGAGUUACAAGAUUACAUCACCGAAAUAGAUACGGAUGGAUCUGGGGAGCUGUAUCUCAGCGAUUUCCUAUACAUCAUGUCCAAACGGUACGAGAAUUCUACUGUCGAAGAUGAGGUUAUUCUGGCUUUCAAAGUCUUCGACAAAGAUGGAUCUGGCUUUAUCCACGAGAACGAGUUCCGUCAGAUCAUGACGAACUAUGGAGAAGAAAUGGAAGAGGAUGAGAUCGAGGAAAUGAUACGUGAUGCCGACGCCAACACGGAACUCAAAAUCGACUACGUUCGCUUUGUGAACAUGAUGAUGGAGACAUAACACUCUUGAAAAAUUUAACAAUAAGAAUUCAUCUGGACUAUUCUUUAUAGCAUAGUGCAAGAAAAUAAAAGCAGAUAUACAAUAAAUUAUAAAAAAGCCAAUAAAAAUAAU